UGCCGCGUGUCUGCGCUGUGCCAUGAGGACCUGAAACCCUCCGUUACGCACACGAUUUCCGCACCGAUGAGUAACAGUAGCUGGGUUUUGUCGCUUGUGCUUCCCCUCACGAGCUUUGGCAAUGUGCUGAUGUUUCUUUUCAACAUUCUCUUGGCUGCGAGCAUCAUUUUCUUCAAUGUGUCUGUGUCUUUGUCCAUCAUGCUGAACGGAGCACUGCGUAACGAGAACCGCUUCAUGUACAUGCUGAGCACGUGCUUCAGCGACAUCUGCACUGGUGUUUCUUAUUAUUAUGUGGGUGUUCUGGAUGUAAAAGAUACAUUUAACUCCCCUACGGGAACCUUCUACAUUGUGCCCACAUUUCUCGGCCUGUCUUAUAUGGCGAUCCUGGCCGCGCAGGCAGACAGAUACCACGCGGUCACAGUACCUUUUAAAUACUCCCAGCGCAUGACCAGAAACAGAACCCUGCUAGUCAUCUGCUCAUACUGGGUCUAUGCGUUUUUGAUCGUGGCUGCGAACAACCUGGUCACGGUCACGGUGGCCAAGAGGAUAACGAGCAUUGGCACAUUUGCGGCGAACAUAUCCACAGUGAUCAUAAUGAUAGGGCUGAAUAUCAGACUGCUCAUGAUAGCCAGGUUUCAGUUGGAGAGAGAACCACCUUCUGACGAAAGAGACAACAAGCGCUCCUCGGUGUAUCUUAUCUUGGUGGUGGCUGCGUUUUUCUUAUCUACUUGGCUCCCCAUAUUCUGUCAUAUCACGGCCUGUAAUUUCAUUGGUUCCAAAUGUUAUACUUUUAAGAAUGAAGGCACUGACCCUCUACGCAUUUUGCCCCGAGUUAAUGCGUGCCUGACUCCCAUCCUGUACAUAAGAGGGUGCGCUGCGAUCAGAACCUCGCUGCUGUCUAAGGUGUGGAAACCCUGCUGCUGGACGAGGCGGCAUCCCGGACGGCUUGGCCCUGCAGGCAUCCAGUCCCCGCGGCGUACUUCAAAAGUCGGAUGGAUGUCUAAGUAAAUGAUGUUUAAAUCCAACAGAACCAAACUAUUCAAACAUCCGUCAUUAAACGCGGAGGGAAGGUUCGGGAUAUUAGUUGGACAUAUUCUGAGAUGAAAUCAGAGCUUUUAAUUAACAAAGGCCCUAUACU